AAAUUCUGCUCUCCUGAUCAUACGUCCUAUCAGUUGACACAUGAUAUAAAUAAAUCUGCCUUAUAUAAACCGCUCCUGGGUUGAAUGGUUUAAACUCGGUUGACAGUGUUCCCUGAACAGUUGUCUUACCCUCGCAAUGAACGACAGUGAAGCUGCAGAAGUGAGUCCCAAGCGCGCCUCGAAAUCUUCGCCUCGGCGAGUCUGCGAUUUUCUCCCUUCGAUUAGGCCAUCGUAUGUAUCGUUAAUCUUAAUUUUCGUCUGCGGAUAUCUGUGGCUGAAAUAUGAAGCUACAAACGACCGUCUGCUCGAACUGGACCAUCAGUUGAUGGUGUUCCGCAUAGAAUUGAAAGAUGAAAGAAAGUCAGCAUCCCCUUCAGCCAGACCAAGAAAUCGCAGACAAGCCUUGGACCGUGACGUACCAGACAUUCCAGAUCUGAACUUUACCAUGGAAGAUGUGUUUGAGGAAAUUGAAAAGUACUUUAAGCAACUGCAACUCAUUCCUAUGGAGUACUGCAACUCAACUGGGAAGAUCUGCCCUGUGGGACCCCCCGGAUCUCCUGGACCAACUGGUGCACAGGGACCACUGGGAAGGACCGGACCAAGAGGAGAGAAGGGUAGUCAAGGUUUCAUGGGACCUCCAGGAAUAUCUGGUCUGGACGGGAUUCCGGGACAGAAGGGAGAAAAGGGAGACACUGGUGCCCCAGGAGCAGCAGGCACGCCGGCACAACCACAUGGAGUCGGAGCACCGUUGAUGCCCCCGCAGGCGACAAUUUUACCGGUGGAACAGCAUAAAGAUGAUAAAGGGUCUACUUUUGUGGUUAUUUAUUGCAAGGUUCGUGGAAAUCCUUCUCCGAUCGUGGAAUGGCGACACAACGACAAGAAGCUUGUUCCAGGUGGCAAGCAUCAGAUGACCGAUGACGGGGCGCUUAUCAUUAAAUAUCCAUGGCGCACUGACGCUGGGGAGUACAAAUGUGUUGCAACCAAUAUUUUCGGGUCAUUUAUUGUCUCUGAAUCACUGUCUGCUCCGCAAGCGAAAGUAUCGCCAACGCGACAGACUGUGGAUGAACGAAACGAUGCAAUUUUUAAUUGCACGGUUACUGGGAAUCCACCUCCAAAAGUCAAAUGGAUAAGGCCAAAGGGCUAUUUUGACUCUAACAUUCAACCAGGAGUGCAGUACGUGAUCAAAGACAACAGAACGCUCAUUAUUAGAAACGUGGACCACCGUGCUCCAACCGAUGCUGGAAGGUACACUUGUAGGGCUUACAAUGCUAUUGGAUGGUCUUCUCCGGCAUCUGCCUAUUUAACUGUCCAAAAAACCUCUUGUGACUGUAAUCGGAUCCCAUCAAGAAACGGGUGGCUUUCACAAAAGCCAUAUCUAGGUCCAAACGGACCCAACACGGAUGCUGUUGACUUCACGACUAGUGGUGAGGUCACUCUGCUGGGUUACCGCAUGUGGGGUGUGGGCCACCCAAGAUAUAUCGAGUCUGCUAAUGUGCAGGCCUUUAUUCGUUUGUAUAAUAAUAGCAACUUGAUCGCAGAGAGGAACGGGAAGUUCACUCAUUAUAUGAAUAUACGUGAUGAUGGCCUUACUUUUGAGGUGCUUUUCUCUCAAGGAAUCACUCUUUACCCCGGGGUUAGAUACACCGCCACGUCUAAAAUGAUUACAGAUCCUGGCCAGUAUUGCGCGUAUCAAAUUGAUGGCAUGGCAAGUGCAUUUUGUUCUGGCGUCAAAAUUACCUUUAUGUCUUCCUCGAGAACCAGCGAUGGUUCCCCGUGGGACCUCACUAUGGGCCAAAUUGCAGCUUUUAUUCUCAAGUCCCCGCAGUGUUAAGACCAGUUAGCCACGCUUUUUAGGCUUAAAGUCUUGUUUUGUUGAUUGUUGCGAUUAGCGCGCUUGAUUAAGCAGUAAGACGCACCAUAAGCAAGAAUGCGAUCCCUGGUCUCCAGGGGCUAGAUUCACGAAGCCAUUUUUAGCUAAGACUUAUUUUAAGUGCUGUUACUCAAUAAUGGGCUACUGUUAUAGUGUUGUUCAGAAAUAAUACAUAGGAUGAAUCUUUCUUGCGCAGGGUUCGUGAAUCUGGCACCAGGUUCCUUGCAAAAUUCAAAAUGGUGACUGGCCAAGACUGUGGUUUGCGGAGUAAAAUAGCUCGAUUCUUGGGUGGAGAACUUAAUAUGACGUAACAUGCUACACGAUGUCCGGAAUCGGAUAGGUCGUUGUUGUUGUUAUUAUUGUUAUCAUUAUGCUGGUAAAAAAUCAAGGUAAACAUAAUUCUCCCCGAUUGUAGCGUUCAAAACGGUCUUGGCCACCCCAAAUUGAAUUUCGCGCGGAGAGCAGGGAGAAGGUUAAAGAUGGGGUGUUCAAAUCUCAGAUAUCAGCCAUUUCUGUCCAUUUCUCUGUUAUUGAAUGAAAUUAUAGCAUUUUUAAUUCAUCUGCUCAUUUCAUUCUGAACUGCCAGUCAAAGAAACAUGGCAUUUGUGACCUGACAGUAACAAUGAAGACCAAUUGUCAACUAUCAGCAAUACCCCAUCAACUGCCUCUAUACAAAGGUUUUAAUCGUUGGUCUCUAGAAAUUUAUUUUUUCGAUCAACCAGUAGCUAAUUUCAUUUUCAGCUUCCUGUCAAAGAAACAUGGCAUUUGUCACAGGAUAGGUCGACGUUAGGCUAAUUGUCAACCACCACUAACAACUCGUGAAAAAUAGACAUAUGUUCCUGUGCACAGAAAUUUUAAAAGACGUGAAGAAUUUUUCCACAUUAAAAGCGGUUUCUUCUAAAAGAAAAUAGGCAUUUUAGUUCCAUUAGAUUGAAGUGGCUCGAGAUGGGUUUCAAGACCCGAUAAAGGCUCAUGGACCGCCGGCAAUACCUGUCAUAAAAUACUUCUUAGGAUCAUGAUAUUGCAGAUACAUUUCCACUGAAAACUACUGAGUAGCCAUCACAGAUUCCUCGAUAUUCUCUAGAACAUCUGCUACUAUAACAACGGUGAGCUGUAUCAGUUGGACCUCCAAAACCUCCACUCUUUACGUUAUUUCAAACACGUGCUGGUUGUCACCAAGCUGCAACGUUUUUGGUGAAAAACACCUCUACAAGCGAUUUUCCUGUAAUUUCAAAGACCGACUUUUUCUCCAUUUCAUUGACGAGCGGCAGUGAAACACGGUGCAGCGCGGCCACUGUUAACUUUUUAUCCCAUCGUUCGUGUAGUCUUCGUGUCGUUUUCUAGUUCAGUUGGGAAGAAUUAGAACCCAACCACGCGCGUCAAAUACCUAUUUCGAGCCACCUUAAAGAGUUGAAAAUUUAAAUGAAACCAAGAGAAGAUGAAGUAAAUGCUCUCAUGAUUGCAUAAUGUCGGCCCUAAUUUCCAACGAGGGGCAGAACACUCACAAGCGACCUGGUUUAAUUUAAUUGUCUUUUUAAUAGUCACAAGAUAAGUAGAAGAUAUUACACGAGGUGCGAAGUCUAUUGAAAAAUAAAUGAUCAAAUGUAGCUUGUAGAGUUUUCUUGGAAUAUAUCAUUAAACUUCUCAUUGACGCUG